GAGGGCAAAUGGCCACGGAAGGCUCCGUGCCCCUCACAGGAUCGCAUUUCGCAAGAAAUUCCUGGAGAAGCGGCACUUAAGAGCCUGGAAACUAGUCUCCCCAACCCGAGCUCCACCUUCCGCCACCUGGCCUCUAGGCCCUCGACCCACUAGCUGGAGCGGAAAGAGACCGGGGCGGAAGGAAGCGUUCAUACCAGCGCAUCCCUUCCGGCGGAGCGAGCGCUCCACUCGGGUCUGGGCUUGGGGCUGUUUCCGCUCGUCAGGCCAGCCUCGGCUUCCCCAUUUUGCAGUCGAGGAAUCCGAGGAGCAGAGAAAUGUGAAGGAAAAGCCGAGACGAAGGAGUUCACAGUGAAUCAAGUCAGAGCCCAGCCGUUCAUUUCGGGUGUCUGUUUGACGCAUUUGGUGUAGCUAGCCUGGACCGAACAUUCGUUGGCCAGCCUCAAUAAACGAACGGCUUUGUGGGGAAUGUGGUCCCAAACGCUUGCCGGGACACGUGAGCUAUGCCGUCCUCCCGGCAAGCUCCGCGCGGACUUCCGGCGUCUGGACCUGGCGGCGGAACUGGGAACGCCUGGGCGGCGGUGGGAGGGGGCGGGGAUCUCCUGUGCAGGCCGCGGGGUUCCGAGGUUUAGCACCCGGCUCCAGGUGGCAUAGGCCGGCGCCAGGAGGCGGAGGCCGGAGUGGGUGCACACGUCUGGGAAGUGCAGGGUCACCCCGCACCCCUUCGCCCACUAGAUUCCUGGUUAAACGCCCCUGCGUGACCGCUGACCGCCCCACCGCUCCCUCAGCUCCGCGCAGGCGAGGCUGCUGGGGACAGCUCGGGGCUCCGGCGGGUCAGCGUCCCCGCCUACACGUCCUGCCCAGCGACCCUGGAGUGCGUGUCCAGAUGCUGGCCCAGCCACCGCAGGAUAUUUUUCUGGGAGACUGAAAGGAUAGGUUCUGGGGCCCAGGUUGAGGCCCACCAGCCCUGAGCCUUAGGCCAGGGGAAUGGCAGCCCCUCUGGAACUCCAGGAUGAGGCCGCUGGGGAGGGAGAAGGGCUUCUGAUUGUGAAGGUAGAAGAUUCUUCCUGGGAGCACGAAUCUGCCCAGCAAGAUGACAGCAGAGAUUCUGAGGCCUGCCGCCAGCGCUUUCGGCAGUUCUGCUAUGGGGAUGUGCAGGGGCCUCAUGAGGCUUUCAGCCAGCUCUGGGAGCUCUGCUGCCGCUGGCUGCGUCCUGAGCUACACACCAAGGAGCAGAUCCUGGAGCUGCUGGUGCUGGAGCAGUUUCUGAUGGUGCUGCCGGGGCAGAUCCAGGGCUGGGUGCAAGAGCAGCACCCAAGGAGUGGCGAGGAAGCUGUUGCCUUGGUUGAGGACCUACAAAAGCACCCAGUGAAAUCUUGGCCACAGGAUGUGUCCUCAGAGGAGGUAGAACCUGAGGCUGCAGCCCAGAGAUCUGUGGCAGGGACACGGAGCUGGCCACCUGUACCCCAGGAGCAGCACAGCCUUAGUGCCCAGCUGCCUACUCUUCUUAAAGAGGAUCAUUCCAGAGAGAUGAUGGAUACCUGCUUUCCCUCUGGGGUCCACGGACCUGUGACGUUGGGAGACAUUCCAUUCUAUUUCUCCCGGGAAGAAUGGGGAACACUGGACCCUGCCCAAAAGGAUCUCUUCUGGGACAUAAAGCGAGAGAACUCUCGGAAUGCUGCCUUUGCUCUGGCCCUAGAACCCAGCAGGACUGAGGAAGGUGCCUCCUCUCCUCUUGUAGGUUUGGGGCUCAAAAGCCACAGUGAGAGGUCCCAUCUGGAAGAAGUGACCCUACUGCCAAGCCAGGCGGAUGGAGAGCUGACUGUGUCAUGGAGCCGCGAGGAGGCUGAGACCUGGGAAAGCGAGAACCGGCCAAGGGCGGUCCUGGGCCAAGUGGUGGGUGCUCGCCGGGGGCGGCCACCUACACGUCGGCGCCAGUUCCGAGAGCUGGCGGCUGAGAAACCGCACAGCUGUGGGCAGUGUGGGAAGCGCUUCCGCUGGGGUUCCGACCUGGCUCGGCAUCAGCGCACUCACACUGGUGAGAAGCCGCAUAAGUGCCUGGAGUGUGAUAAGAGCUUCCGCAGCUCCUCGGACCUAGUGCGCCACCAGGGUGUGCACACGGGUGAGAAGCCCUUCUCCUGCUCUGAGUGCGGCAAGAGCUUCAGCCGCAGUGCCUACCUGGCCGACCACCAGCGCAUCCACACGGGCGAGAAGCCUUUCGGCUGCAGCGACUGCGGCAAGAGCUUCUCACUGCGCUCCUACCUGUUGGACCACCGGCGUGUGCACACUGGCGAGCGGCCCUUUGGCUGUGGGGAGUGUGACAAGAGCUUCAAGCAACGUGCCCACCUCAUUGCCCAUCAGAGCCUGCACGCCAAGAUGGCCCAGCCUGUGGGCUGAGCAGCGAAGCUGGUGCCGAAGGCCGGCCAGGAGGGUGGGGUGUUCAAUGUGAGGCUGGCAGUGUUACAUCCUCCUUUGUGUAGCGGGAAGAGGGUCCCCACGCUCAGAGCUUGUCCACCCCUGUCUACACUGUUGGGAGGACCUGCACAGCACUGAAACAGAAUGGAAAUCUCUGACCCUGUGGUUCCCCUUCCUGUGCUCAGUGUCUCUCUCCCCUGGGACUCUGGGAACACCAGAGCGUUCCUCAUCAGAGGCAGCAGGAUAGCCUGAGGACUCAGAAAGGCCAAGGGUCCCUUCUCAGAACUCCCUUGGCCUUGUUUGGCUGCAUGGUCCUUUGUCUCCUCCCUGUUGAGCCAGUCCUUGGCCCAGGCCCUCUGCGGUGCCAAACUGUGCCUUCCAUGGGGGGUUGGAGGACUGGCUUUGAUCCCCCAGGAGGCUGUUGGAUUUUGAGAGGGACAAUGGGCCCAUACAUAUGAGAGUCUGGGUCCUGGGCACAGCCACGGAGGCUUUCUGGCUUCCACCCCUUCCUAUUUCCAGGCCAUGAUCACUCCGUCCUGCCCUGGCCACACACAAGCUGGCUCCCUUUGCCCUUGGCAGACUCUUCCCCCAUGUGAGCCCCAGAGAGUCAUCUACUGAGGGUUGUGGUGGUUCCAGUGAUGAGAGGCCAACCCUGGAGAAUGAGAACAGGGCAUCUGGCUGCCACCCAUUCUUCCGGAGGCAUGGCCUGCAUCGUACUUAGUACUAGCACUCCACUAGCACUUGGCUGCUGAUUCCUUGGCACUGAAUUGCGUAUUUUUCAUCUGAAUUUUUUGCAGAUUCACAUUAACAGGGACAGACCACAGGCCUUCCAAAGGCACUCAGCCCAGUUGGCUUCAAAAGGGCAGCAGAAGGGUUUGAAUAAAUGUGGAAACUUCUGUCCAGGCUGUUCUGUCCUUUAGGUUGAUGUUGUGGGGGUGGAGGGUGGGUUACCUGGAAUUGGUACCCUUUGACCUGGUAAUCCUGGUGGCACAUGGUACUGUGUGGUCACCAGGUAGAGCCGCAUCCUUGGCUUCCAGGUUUGCUUGUCCUCUUGUGCCUAGUGCCUCCCUGUUCUGGCAGAAGAAUGGGGAGCCCAGAAGGACUGGGGUCUUUGUCAGGCCAUUUCUCUCCCCUGACUGGUAGGAGGAGGAAGGGGUUUGGAGGCACUGGCAGGUGGUAGAGUGCACAUGCUGCUCACUGGGGAUCCAGUGUUGCUUUGUGCUGGGUCCCUUGGAGGAGAAGGCUGACGGGCCAGAAGCCAGCCUUCACUCUCUGCCAGCCCUUGUCAUCUGACUUCUCCCCUGCCUAGGCUGCAGGCUAUGGCCUGGAUGAAGCUGGUUGGGCAGUCAGAGCCAGCAGUCCCUGAAGUACCAACCUCCUUCCAGCCUUGCAAGGGCCCCUGGAGGGGAGGUGGGGUAGGUGGAGAGGAGAUGUUCUUGUCCCUUGGU